AAUGGAAAUCGAAAGACUUUUUUCAGAUUGGAAAAAGGCUAAAAAUGAAAAAGGAUGGCCGAAAUGUUCGAAAAAGAAGGAUACUUUUGAAACUAAUGAAACUUAUGUUGAACAUGAAAAAAGUUACGAUAUAUUUGAGAGUGAUACUUCUACCACAAAAUCUGUCUUAUUCAAAACUAAUGAUGAAAAUGAAUGCUCAACUGACAAUGACGGAAUGAUUUUCGAUAAAAAUACGUUUCAAACUUUGGUAAAAGAUGUUGCCUUAGAAAACCGGAGAGGUUUAAAAAUUACAAAGGUUGCAUUAUCUCUAAUUCAGCAAAGCUGCGAAGAUUACCUUGUUGAUAUAUUUAGGGAUUGCGGUAAUUCUUCACUAAUGAGAAAUAAUCAAGCUAUAGACCUUAAGGAUUUUUACAUGGCAUUAAAGAUGAGAUUUAGUUUUUCAAAAAAUUUCCAAUAG